AUGUCUAUUCUCGGGGAUUUUGUCGAGCCACCUGAGGUUGAGAGCCGUCUUGUAUCUUUCUAUCGAAACAAGACGCCGGACAAUGCAGGACGACUGCUUUCGCACAUUAUGUCUUGGGAUUAUGAGAAGUUGGAGGAUAUACACGACUACAUUCAAUGGCUGUUCCCUCUUCCAGAGGAGUCUAUGUUUUCAGGCGCUCCUUUAGUUGAUGAGAAUGUCUUCAAUGCGUUCCAUGCAUUCAAUUCUUCAACCGAAUUACAAUGUAAUCUCAAGGACUCUUUGAUUAAAAUGUUGGACUUCUAUGGGUUCAAGUUCGCUGAUGAUUUGGAUGGAAAUGAUCUUCCUGUUAUAACAAAAUCCUCCAAUUUUUAUGAAAGAUGCUCCAAUUGGCUUAUCAGGAGAGAUCACAACCAUUUGAGAAUCAGCAGAAUCCUUCGCUCUCUUCGCGUUCUGGGCUUAGAAGCAGAAGCUGCCGCAUUCUAUAAGGCACUGUCAGACAUUGUUUACAAUGGACAUUCUCAGGUUGUCAGCUCUCAAUCUGCGGAAUUCUGGCGACGCGCUGCUGAGAGACCCUUACAUUGGGCACCGCAUCUAACUGAGAGUGAAUGUGCCAACGAUAAACAAUGGAAAAUAGGCCUAGAUUUCUUAAAAGAAUACGAAAGAUUCAACAUGGCUAGAGAUUUGCAAAAACAGCACGACGCAAAGAGGGCUCUUGAGGAAAAGAAAGAAGCAGAAUUUCAAGCCACGAAAGCACACAUUGCUGCAGUCACCGCCGAUCGAAAGAGGAAAAUUAGUGGAGGGGCCAAGACUGUCCCGAAAAAGCGAGCUAGUAUUUCUCAGGAAAGCAAAGGUCAAAAUUCCGAACCUCAACGUUCUGAAAAAGAAGCUGUGGUUGCUGAUACACGUGAACCCAUAUCAGAAUUGCAGGACGUCGUACAAGAUGAAGCACCACCAAAUGAACCUGAGCCUUUUGAGCCUACGGUUGAACCCCAGCUUGAAGAUCCUAGACCUACGCUUGUUGGAUCUGAGUCUAUUAAACCUGAGCUUCUUGCACUCGCCCUUGCUAAACCUGAGCUUGAAGAUCUCAGAUCCAAACUUUUUGAACCUGAGUUUAUUGAACCCGAGCCUCUUGCACUCGCACUCGCUAAACCCGGGCUUGCUGGACCCGAGCAUGCUGAGCCUAAGGCUGACCAACCCGAGCUUGAAGGUCCCAGACCUAAGCUUGUUGAAUCUGAGUUUGUUAAACCUGAGCUUUUUGAACUCGCGCUUGCUAAAGCCAAGCUUGAAGAUUCCAGACCUCAGCUUGAUAAACCUACCGGUGGACGUAUGGAACGAAAGUCCUCGGAACGCGGUGAACAAUCUGCAAUUCACCAAAUUCAACAAUACCAGCUCAUGUCUCCUCGCCAACCUUGA